ACCAGAUAUGUGAAGAUCAUGCAGACGGACUGACAGAGAUCCCUCGCUUUAUAGUCAGAGGAUGAGCACAUUGUCUUCCACUGGCUGCCUCUGAAUGCCCGCUUUCCUGGGUUUAUCUAAAUUAUUGACAUUGUCCCUCCGUGCAGGAAAACUGUGUGUGUGCUCCUCACCAACAGGACGGACCAUGUCUGCGUUCGGUCGGAAUAACAUCUCCCAAUACCCUUAUUUUAACCAAUGUAUAUAAAAUGUGUUUUUGCCCCAUACUUUAGUACGCCUGGGGGUUCAGAUGUAAUGAUGAAAAGACAAAAUGUCUCCUCUGCAGAGUCCAGAAAGGAUCAGCUGUUGUCGUUUACUGCUUCUCUCUGCCAACAGACAGACGUCACGUCCCUCGGACAGGACGUUGAUGAAAAUAAUAACAGCACAAAUGCUCUGACGGCUGACAAACCAUCAAUUCACACAUUCACACAGGCAAAUUAUACAAUUUUAAUUCAACAUUGUACUCAAUUUAGACUCAAGCAAGGAAACUACCUUGACCUUUAAGUCUUUGCAGUCAGAAUGUAGUGAAAUGUUGUUAGCAAUUCUUCAUUAUUCUCACUCCUUUUGUAUUUUCAGGGUCAAUAUUUGAAAAGGUAAUAUUUGUUGAGGCUUUAAGCUGAUAUUUCCCAAAUGUAUAAUGACUUGAUCUCCCUCUAGUGGUGUAUAAACCUUUCAGCUCCUGAGUGUUUCCUGCAGCUGCUCUUAGAACACCAAAAAGUGAUCUGCAAUCACUCAUAUUCCUGUGCAUCCCAUGCAGAACACAUUUCCUCUAUUACCUAUAUUAAAAUGUGGAACUGCUGUUCAAUAAUGAAAGUGAUGGCGGGUUGCACUUACCUCAUCAUUGUCUCUGUAGUUAGGAAAAUGAGAAUAGCACAGUCAUCAGAUGAAAUUGGACUUCAGUGCUAUAAAAUCUGAAACCCAAACACUUCGUCUUUCAGUCAAAUCACAUAUAAUACGUUUGGAAACUCUAGUUUGAUGAUGCAAUUUUAAACAGUCAAAUGACAAGCGGGUGGAAUCCCCUUUUUGCACAAUGCCAGUUGUGUAUGGCGCCUCUAUAGAAAGGUCAUUUCUUGCCAAAAAUAAGAUGCCUAAGAAUCAAUGAAACAGCUGAAAGCAUGCACUAAGAAAAAGGCUUAGAGGGAGCGUGAAGCCCAAGGUGUUUAAUUGUUUGACGAGAACCCGUGUGAUGGUUUUUGAUAAAUGGCCUGAGGCUCGGUGCUGUAAUGUUGCUCUCACUGCAGUCAUUAAAACCUGACGGAUGGUUGCAAUGUCUGCAUCUAUGCAUGCUUUAGCCACCUCACUCUUGUCUGUAUUUAAGAGAACAGGGAUAGAUCAGCACUUAGAGUGCAUUAAACAGUAUAAUGUUGCAUUAUUUUCGUUGCAGGCAAACAUGAGCUCAUACAUCUUGCAUGUUCUUUAAUGGCCGAGUGUGUUUCUGUCUGUUGAGGUCGACAUGAGAUCAGAAACACUGCAAAGGGUAACUGCUUGCAGCAUUUUAUUGGCCCGGUUGUCAUCCAUCACCUCUGAUCAGACAUGUCACAUUGUGAGUCAUCUAUGACAAAGACUUAUGUUAUUAGGUUAUUUCAGGUUUUCCGGUGCAAGACUGGUGCCCUUCCUGUUAGCGAACCUUGUGCUCUGUUAAAGUUAAACCUUGGACUGGGAUGGCAGUACCAGUACGUCGAAAACACAAAACCAACGUAGUAUGUUGUUAGUUUACCAUUUAAAGUAUGUGAUGGAAAACCAUCCUUCAAAACAGCUCCAUAAGAGUGUUAAACUCUUUUUGCAGAGAAUAAACAGAGCGAUUAGCCAAUUAUAUUCAAAUGAUUCAAACUGACAUUAAAAUCCUUCGGUGGAAUCUGAAAUGUGAACUUACAUCCACACCAUGUUAUUUAUCUUUGGAGUUUUGUAGCUUUGGAGAGGCCCCCAGUUCAUUACUUAAUAUUAUUAUUACAGGAAGAACACAUUUACAUAAUCCCUGCCGGCCAUCAAAAUGCUUUUCUGGCCCACUUUCUCUCCCCCUUCUAAGACCAGUAUUUUACCUCUUAACAAUUGAUUUGCCCUCCACCCCCUCUUUGUACUUUAACCGAGUCCAUUAUGUUGUGCAGAGUCAUCACCGGUGAACCGUCCUCCUAUUCUUCUCCCCUCUCAUGGUCCUCGGUGUCAUCACAAAAACACUCGCUUCCUAACAACAACAAAAAGUGAAAAAGUACUUUUGCACCACCAACGCACUGCACGUGCGUCCUGCUGAGCCGUUAACAGAAGCCACGCGGGAGGCGUGCAGCUCGCCUUCGGACCUCAGCAAUAAAUUGCUUAAAAGUUUAUUAUCUUUAAUGUCGUAAACAGAGUCCCGUUUUUACAGUGACAGCAAUCGCAGCGUAUUUUUAUCCGCCCUGAGUUAAUCCCACUGAGUUAUCGACGUGUGUGUUUGUGUGUGUGUGUGUGUGUGUGUGUGUGUGUGUGUGUGUGUGUGUGUGUGUGUGUGUGUGUGUGUGUGUGUGUGUGUGUGUGUGGCUGAACAACGCAGUGGACACGAGCAGCGCCACGCAGGGCAGGGCAGACUCCCUCAUUCUAAGUGCUGUUCGUAUCCCAGCCAUCAGCGGAUGUGGAUCGAUGCCUGUUUUUUUUUUUUUUACAGCUUUGCAUCCCCGAAAUGACUGAGCAAAUAAAAGGCCGCUCGGACUGUCAAUCAGAGAGUGUUGGUAAAGAAAUUCCUUCAGUAACCAACCUGAGCACUCACACGUGUGCACACAGCCCAGGACGGGGUGAGAGGGGAAGGAAAGUUGAGGGAGUUGUGGGGGAGAUCCUAAAAUGAACCCGCCGGGAGGUGAAAUGCCGGCGAGCAGUGGCCGAGAGGGAGAAAGUGGAGAAAGCUCGGGAUCAUUUUCGGAGGAUUGAGGUUCUCUAAAUUUUCCGUUUGUGUACGCGUGGUGGACUUUUUUAUCUGGUUUUCUUUAAAGAGGAUGCUCUGCGGGCAAUCGCUGCCGUCUAAAUGGUCAGUGGUUUCAUUUAGGUGCAUAGAACUGCUGAUGCCUGAUAAAACACUUAUGAAUAAGUACGUGGCAGGAGGAAGUUAACGUUAGGAUUUUUAAAAGAGGCUUUUUGCGCAGGAGAUACCUAAUGCAAGGAAACAAUGGAGGUGGAUGGCAUGGAAGUAUUUGCCAUUGCUGUUGUUGUUGCAAUGUUUGUUGUCGUGCUCAAACAAUUUGGGGUUUGGGAGCCUUUGUCACUUGAAGAUGAUGACAGCUGUGACGGCGAGUUUGAACUCUCAAUGGUGCGUCACCAACCGGAGGGUCUGGAUCAGCUCCAGGCCCAGACGCAGUUCACCAGGAAGGAGCUCCAGUCGCUUUACAGAGGCUUCAAAAAUGAAUGUCCCAGUGGGCUAGUGGAUGAGGAAACUUUCAAGACCAUUUACUCACAGUUCUUCCCUCAAGGAGAUGCAACCACGUAUGCACAUUUCUUGUUCAACGCAUUUGACAUGGACAGAAAUGGCUCCAUCCGGUUUGAGGACUUUGUGAUAGGAUUAUCUGUGUUGCUUCGAGGCUCCGUUACAGAGAAACUUCGAUGGGCAUUCAACCUUUACGACAUCAAUAAAGACGGCCUCAUUACUAAAGAGGAAAUGAUGUCAAUAAUGACGUCCAUUUAUGACAUGAUGGGCAGGUAUACCUUACCCAGUGUACGGGACGACUCUCCCUAUGAGCACGUGGAGAGAUUCUUCCAGAAAAUGGAUCGAAACAGAGAUGGAGUGGUGACUAUUGAUGAAUUCAUAGAAACCUGCCAAAAGGAUGAAAAUAUAAUGGCUUCCAUGCAGCUCUUUGAAAACGUCAUCUAGUUUCUGUAGAGGGACGUGGAUCAGUAUUCCUGCAGAGUGCUCACAGCUGCAGGCCUCUCGCCCCGAAAUCCAUCUUGACAAAGCGAAUUGGUCGUGCAACGCAUUUUGCAUUUUAAUACAACUUGGUGAACACCAUUGCUUUUCCUGUUGAACUGUUUCAUGCCGAGAAAUGCAAAGAAUUCCCCGGAUCACUCAAAGAAGAAAUUAUUCUUUGCAUGACAAUUUUGUUUGUUCUCUGCACAGGAUGAAACCAGUUGAGCAUGAUCGCUUGCCCGUCAUCUAAAAGCAUGUGAUGCAAACCACGUUCACAAACAAGGGUUUUAUCGUUAAACACUUACUUUGUUACUGUAUUAUACGGUAUAUAAAAGAAUCAGAUGUUUGUGUAGACAUGAUUCCUCUGUGAUCGUCUACUGAAAUAAAUACAUACCGUCACACAU